AUGGACGAUUCGGAUGACAUCAUAUGCCUGGAGGAAAUCGACAGGAAGACGACGACUGAAAGCAGCGAUGCGAGGUUGCCGUUAGGCGCGCAUCGCAUCAGUGCUGAAUUAGGUCGUUCGUUUUCACAGCAAGAAUUUCCAGCUUGCAGUAGCGAUGCAGCCACCGAGAGCCAUACAUCCCUAUCACAGAUACCCUGUACUUCGGAUGAGGUGAUUAAUGAAAACGAGUGCAAAAAGCGUGCAAAAACUCGAGUGCCGCCUUCAUUGCUGGAUGAAUUUUUUGGCGUUUACUGCUUGAUCAGCCGAAGUCCGAACAAAUAUUUCAAGAAUCGUUGUUACAUUGGAUAUACAGUGAAUCCGAAUCGCCGGAUUCGCCAACAUAACGCCGGGAAAGAAUUUGGAGGCGCCAAGAAAACAGACCACAGAGGACCAUGGGAUAUGGUCUGCAUUAUACAUGGAUUCCCCAAUAAUGUAUCCGCUCUACGUUUCGAAUGGGCCUGGCAAAAUCCGGAAAAAUCACGACGGCUGCGAGCUUUGAAUCUGAAGAAAAAACCAAAGGAAUCAGCUUUCCAGUUUCGCUUACGCAUUGCCUGUCACAUGCUCAGCAGCGAUCCGUGGCGACGGCUUUCUCUAACAUUUCGAUGGCUUUUACCAGUAAAUAUUUGUAACUUCAUUUUCAUCGAAGUAUGGGCGUUAGGCCGACCCACUACCCUUGAAGUAUUAUGGAUGUGUUGGAAAUCCAAACAUUACACAGAGAUUAUGGAUGUGUUGGGAAUCCAAGCAAACAUUACACAGAGAUAUGUAAUACGAAACGGUACCAGUACAAAAUAA